AUGCGUCGAGGUACAACGGCGCAAUUUAUGAAGACAGGCGAAGGAUAUUCAGGGCCAGGUGAUUUUCAUGUACUAAAACAGUAUCUUAUUCCGAUUUCCGAUAAUGCUUUAGCUCAAGAUCCACAAAUGUGUGAAUCCAUCAAACAUCAUUUAGAAAAAGCGACAAAAAUCAUUACAAGGGAGCACGAAAAGAUUGUAAGUACUCUUUCAAUCCUUCGUGAACAGCUAGAUCAUGAUUGUCAUGAAGAUUAUGGAAUUCCAGAUCGAAAUUGUUUAAAUUGGUAUGAUUUAAUCAUACUAUUGUUUUUAAUAGAAACACUAUAUCAAAUUAAUAUAGACUCAAUUACAGAAAAAAUCAUUAUUCUCGAUGAACAACGCAAUUUGAUGGAACAACUACUGGAUCUUAUCCAGUAUAUGCAUAACACUAAUAAAACAGUUACAGUCCGCUUACAAAGAAUCAUAGAAUCUCGCGAAAGAUCAAUUUUUUUCAUAAAUAAAGCUUCUCAAACACGAAUGUCUUUAAUUAGAAGGCUUGCAAAUAAAUAUUACACUAAAGUACAACUUUUACCACCUCCUUUCCGCUCAAAUGCUAAAAAUCGAGAAUGGUUAGAUAAUAUUAUCGAUUCAGCCCAGCGAAAACCAGAAACUACAUACUUUUCAGAACUUCCAGAAGAAAUAGACAUACAAUCAUUUUUUCUUUCUCCUAAAUCUCCUUUCCUUAACGAAGAAGGUUUUGAUAAUCCUUAUAAUCGCGAUAACUCACCAAAUUCAGUUAAAGAAUGGAUAGAUCUAGCCACAGUUGUUCUUGCAGAGUACGUACAAACAGAAGAUGAAGACAGAGCAGCAACAAUUGCGAUACUUGCAAUGAGAUAUCUCUUUAACUCCACAUAUCCUCGGUUUUAUCCACCACACAGUGGCAAUCUAUCUCAUAUCAAUGCAGUUAUGCAGAGAUUCUGCAAAAAAUCUCCAAAAGAACUUGGAAUUUUGCUGAAAUACGUUCCAUCAGAACUCCAAGAAAAACCAAGUGAAAUGUUGUUCCAAACAGAUACAAAAGCUGUCGAAGCUGUCUCUUGGAUGAGAAAUGCUGAGCUGCAACUGACCCCAAUUGAUGCAGCGUAUUGUGUUGUUAAAGCACACGAGUGUUUGAGUUUAAUGUGUGUUACAAAUGAGUUCAGAAACAAAGGAAAAGAAAGUUGGACAAAUGAAGAGUUUCUGUCAAAAAUGCCAGGUUUUGACGACAUUUUUGAGAUGUGGCGAGCAUUUCUCAGCUCGUGCGAUUUGGGAGAUCCGAGGCAGUUGUUGACAUUCAUCAUCGAUUUCUCGAAAUUGCCUGGAUUUACUGCAAGAAUUUUGGCAUCGAUUGCUUAUUUCGAGGGUGCUGUUGGACAACUCGAGGCUGAACAGGAAUAA